AUGGCGCCCAACAAGGAUUCCCGACGAGUCGACCUGGUCAUCCCCUACCAGGAGCCCAAGGCCAAGAGCGAUACCACCGACUUCUCCUCCACCAUGGCCACGACCUUGCCCAUGGCUGCCAUGUUCACCCGGAAUAAGUUUAUCGGAUGGGCCGCCGUUGUCUUUUCCAUCCAGAGCUGGCUGGGCGAGAGCGAGGACGCGAAGAAGAACUCCACCACCCCGGGUUACUUCUCCGUCGGCAUGUCCAUCAUGUCCCUGGCAAUCACCUACCUCCCGAUGUUCCUACCCCCUGUUGCAGGCAAGGUGGCUGCCCCUGCCCAGCCCGCGAUCUUGACUUAA